AUGAACGAGGAUCCCACGCCGACAGCUCCGGCACCACACGGAGAGGACGGCAGCCACCCCGGAAACGAGUCCGACCCUCCGAGCGAGGACACUCGCAGCCAUGCCGAGUCAUCCCGGCGGCAACGGCGGCGUCGCCGUGCUAAUAAGAGACACAACUCUGCGCUCUCUAAGAAGCUCGAAUUCAUGACACAUCUCCUUACGAACCUUGAUCAGUUAUUUUUCGCCGAGGUUGCUGCUUUGUACUAUUUAGAAUUAUCUCUUCUCGCCAUGGACAUCUUUAUCCUCGCACUGCAGGCUCUCAUGCUUGCUGUUCACUCCCAACGAGAGGCACUCCGAGGCGCUGUCAAACCCAACCGUGGAAGCAUAGACUUCCUUCCCGAGCUUCGCCGCCAAAUUCGAGCGCAAACGAGUCGCACGGGAGAUCAGCGGACUCAGAGGCGCCAGAGGAAUAGGAGUGGUUCCACGGCUAGUCAGAAUCCCCCUGAUGUGGAGAUGGGCCUAGGAAUCAGCAGCGACGAGGCUAUGCACGGAGAUCGGGAUGAUGAGACAACCCGUCUCAUAACGGAACAGCCCACGCCCGCGAACUCGGGCCAGCAGCUUUCCGAAAUAUAUGCCUCUGGAAAUGCUGUCGUGGGGGACUUCCACCUUGUGCAAAGCAUGCGACUGGCGAGCACGGGUUAUACUGCGGCGGCUGCGCAUUCAAUCAGGACGCUAGGAUACACGGCUUCUCUUGCCACGCUCCUGACAUCACGCGAGAGCGAGAGAAGCAUACGGCCGAGUAGGCGCAGCGUGCGAGGAAGAGACAGAGGAUGA